CUUCGCGUUCCAUCGAUUUCCCGACGGAAUUUUGUUUUGGAAAAUUGAGACGCCAAAAUCUCACUUCUUGGCCAAAAGUGCUGGACCGCGGUCUCGCGAAUCGAGUCUCUCGCUGCUGUGGAAGCUCCGAUGGCGUCAUCGCGUUAUACUCACGCUAUAGUUUGUCGAAUCCCACUGAGUCUGAGGACGCGUGGAGAAAUCGAUCUGGAGGAGGCGAAGAGGCAGCACGAGGCCUACGUGAACCUGCUGCGAGAGCAGGGACUGGACGUGAUCGAGCUGCCGCCGGACGAGAACCUGCCGGAGUGCGCCUUCGUAGAGGACACGGCGGUCGUCUGCAAUGGGAUUGCCCUGAUCACCAAACCGGGAGAUCCCCGGCGAGCGCAGGAAGUCGAAAGUAUUAGAGCGGUGAUAAAGAAAGAGCUGGAUUUGCCAUUAGUGGAGAUCGCAGAUGAAAAUGCGAAGCUCGACGGUGGAGAUGUUCUGUUCACUGGCAAAGAGUUCUUUGUCGGCCUCUCGCAGUGGACAAACGAAGCGGGGGCGAAAGCAGUUGCAGCCGCUUUUCCUGAAUAUCCAUGUGUUCCCAUAAAAGUAACUGAACAUCAUCAUCUCAAGUAUUAUAUAUCAAUGGGUGCUCCAGAUUUGUUGGUUGUUUGCAAUACGAAGGAAUCUCAGGAGAUUCUCAAGAGAAUUGAGCGCGAAGCGAGCUUUACCUACCAAACACUGACGCUGUCUGAGGAGAAAGCGGCCAAUGUUCUGCACAUCAACGGAACACUGAUUCACAGAUCAAUUGAGGAAAUUCCAGUAUCUUUUCAGAUUUUUUCUGAGAAAAUCGACAUUCCGCGGCAGGUGUUGAACAUUUCGGAAUUAGGGAAGUUUUCAACUGGCCUCACAUCGUGUUGUCUCCUCGUGAGGCGGACAAAGUAUAUUCGCAAUUUAUAAGGAUAAGCAAUUAGGCAGGAAGGGGAAUUCAUUCCAUUGCACAAAGUCAAUGCUAAAUGGGUGAAAAGUCCACUUUUCCUCUUUCAUCUCAUUCACUCUUCUUAAUUUUCACGUGAAAAUGACUAAUCAUAAAAUUAACUUCAAUGUGUGCUAAAAUGAGAACUUCCUUGCUUGAUUUUUUACACUAUCAAAUAAAAAAUGUUUGACAAAAUAAUCUCUCUAGACAAAAGCAAAAGGAAGUUGAAAAUGAAUAGAAAGAAAAUCGUACAAAUUUUUAUUGGAAACACUCCUAGCUGAGUUUCUUGUUCAAAAUUAUGUGUUUUUCCAUGUUGAUGCAAAAAAUUUAGAAGAAGAUUAUGAAUAAGGAAAAAAAAAUUAUAUUAGAAAUUAUUCAGGUUCCAAUUCAAGUCAUUUGAAUCUUAAUAUGAAUAUUUAUGUUAGAGAAGAUGAAAUAAGCAUUGAUAUUUAUAUAUAUAUUUUGUGAGAAAUAUUUAUGACGGAUUUUUAAUUUAUUUUUGACCAUCCUUUUUCCUCUUUGCGUAAAAUAUUGAGCUCUGUCUCUGUUUAUGUGAGCAUUUUGUGAACAGGUUCUAAAAGCAGAUAAUUAAAGCAAUUGAAUUCCAG